AUGGCGACACCACAGCCGCCAUCGCCGAUGGCACGGCAGGCUGUCGAGAAGUCGUUGGACUUGCCGCUUGUUGCCGUGUUCCUGCUUGGCACGAUGAUAAAACUCCUCCUUCUCCCGUCCUACCGCAGCACGGACUUCGAAGUUCACCGCAAUUGGCUCGCGAUCACGUCGUCGUUGCGGCGUACGCAAUGGUACUUUGACAUUGGGAGCGAAUGGACGCUGGAUUACCCUCCAUUCUUUGCCUGGUUUGAGCGUCUGGUCGGCAGCGUGGCCUUCUACGUAGACCCUGGCAUGCUGAACCUACAUGCACUGGGAUACGCGAGCUACCGCACGAUUGUCUUCCAGCGCCUGUCCGUCAUCGUGUCGGACGUGGUGCUGUUCGCAUCGAUCAUCAAGUAUUGCAACGCCUGGCCCUGCGUCACGACCACCGAAGUGGCCUUCAACACCAACAAACGUGUGGUGGUGGUGCUUCUCACGUUCCUGGACGCCGGCCUGCUUAUGGUGGACCACGUGCAUUUCCAGUACAACGGCGUGUUGCUAGGCCUGCUCAUCCUGAGCGUCGCCUACAUCCGCGAAGGCGAAGACGUCAAGGGCGCGUUCGUGUACGCCGUGCUUCUCAUGAUGAAGCACAUCUACUUGUACGUCGCGUUGCUGUACUUUGUGUAUCUGUUUGGGCACUACUGCUUUUCCGUGCCAUCGAGUCCACAAACUACCCAAGCCCCCACGACACGACUACGCACACGAUCCCUCUCCAACAUCGACACCCACGAGACACUGGCCCACCUUGUGGCCGGCCGCGGUCGUUUCAGCAUCGCCCGCUUCGUCUCGCUGGGUAUCGUCGUUGUCAGCGUGUUUGCGGUUGCCUUUGGGUCGGUCAUCCUCCCCGAUGGCUCAGCACCCCCCCACUCUGUCGGCGAGCACUUGGCUCAAAUCGCGUCGCGCCUCUUCCCCGUCCAACGCGGCCUCUGCCACGCCUACUGGGCCCCCAAUGUGUGGGCCCUCUACGCAUUUGCCGACAAGGUCCUCGCCGUGCUCCUCAAAGUGCCCGCGCCUGUCGGCGCCAUGAGCGGGGGGCUUGUCCAGGACGCAGUGUUCGUCGUGCUCCCAGCGGUCGCGCCGUGGGUGUGCGCCGUGCUCACCCUUCUGGCCAUGGCUCCCGUGCUGCGAGACAUCUACCGCUUCCCCGACCCGACGCUGUUCAUGCCAGCGUUGGUGUACUGCAUGCUGUGCUCGUUCUUGUUUGGGUAUCACGUGCACGAGAAGGCCAUCUUGCAAGCGACGCUGCCGCUGGGGCUCCUCGCCGUCGAAUCCACGCGCGACGCCAAGCUGUACCGCGUCGCAACGCUCGUGGGCAACAUCUCGCUCUUCCCGCUGCUGUUCACGCCCGCCGAAGUCGGCACCCGUGGCUUGCUCACGGCCGCCCAUGCGUUGCUCGCGCAUUUAUGUUUGUACCCAUGUCACGCGCAUUCGCUCAAGCUGCGCCGCAUCAAGUACACGGGCAUCGGCCUCUCACUAGGCCAGCGGAUGUACCUCCAUGCCGUGGUGGGGACUGCCGUCGUGGCGAUGUUGCUGCCGGUGGUGCUGCCCCGGUACCCCUUCCUUCCGCUACUGCUGACGUCCGUGACCUGUGCGGUGGGGGUCAUCUACGUGUGGAUCUCUGCCUUUGAGCAACAUAGGCGUAAACUUGGCGCGCUCAAGUCGUACUUGCCCCAAGCGCCCCCGUCCGUGGCGACAUCAGUAACAGACGUCAAGGACACCAACCAUCGAUUUGAUAUCAAAUAAACUCGUAAUCACGUUAAGUCGUUAUUAUAGUGGUGGACCCUGA